AUGCCUCCCAUCGGCAAGCCUUUGGCACGGUUUGAGGCCCGAUGGAACCUUCUUUUUAGUCGCCUCUCCCGUGCGAUCCAUAAAAGGCUCUUCUCUUGCACAUCCCCGAAUUGCGAUGACCAAUACCGAAAAAGGAAACUAAGUCAUCCCGCAAAAUUUGAUACUGUGGAAGAUGCCCCCGAUGUCGAAGUGGCUAUUGAAUCAAAGUGCUCCAAUGUUGAGGCAGAUCAAGAUAUGUUGGCAUUGAAGAUUAGCCUCAUUGGAGAUUGUGGUAUCGGAAAAACAAGCUUUGCGACCAAGUAUGUGGGAGAGGAGAAGGAAAACAAAGGAGUGAAAAUGGAAGAGUUAAAUCUAAUGGACAAGAUUUUCACAACAAAGGGAGGGAAGAUUGCCUUUAGGAUUUGGGAUAUAGUGGGUGACGAUCAACAUCUUGAUGAUGUUCCCAUUGCUUGUAAAGAUGCCGUAUCGAUUCUCAUAAUGUUCGAUCUCACAAAUCGACAAUCACUCAACAACGUUGUUUCUUGGUAUCAACGAGCCCGUAGAUGGAACAAGAAGGCGAUCCCCAUCUUGGUAGGAACAAAGUUUGAUGAGUUUGUUCAGCUUCCAUUCGAGAUGCAAUGGACAAUAUCGAAUCAAGCUAGAACAUAUGCAAGAGCGAUGGAUUCACCUUUAUUUUUCUCGAGUGCCAGUCACAAUAUUAACGUGAAUAAGAUUUUUAAGUUUAUCGUCGCGAAAUUGUUUAAUUUGAAGUGGACAGUGGAGAGAAAUUUGACGAUCGGAGAGCCUAUUAUUGAUUUUUAG